UGUGAUUAGUAUAAAGGGAGGCUAUAGCUAAAGAUUCAAAUCAUCCGAUUAGAAAGCAACGAGAGCUAAAGAGAGAGGGCGUUUUUGUUUUAGCAUUUGUCUUGAGAAUUUUUGCUUUGUAUUCAUAACGCUUUUUUAAGAAAUCUCCUCUACUCUCUCCAAUCAACCGUAGAGAAUGGGUAUCGAAGAAGGCAAUUACAAGGAGCAAAAGGUUCUCACAAGGUGCAAAAGGUUCUCUAUCCGCAGCUUCGCUAGUAUUGUUGGUAUUGUUUUCAUAGGCGGUUGUUAUUAUUUUGGGCUCUUGUGGUUGAUGCAAGCGUCCUUUAGAGAAGAACCAGUUCAGAUUCCGAAGAUAGAACUAGCUUCUUUGGAUUUCACGGUGCUUAAUAUCACAGACACUCGUUUAAGUGCGAAGUGGGAUGUGUCGAUACGGAUCCCCUCAUAUCUUCCUGGUCGCUAUAUAUGUCUUCAAGGAGACCUUCAAGCUUCCUUCAUGUACAAGGAUGUUACUCUUGCUACCUCUUCCCCACAAAAAUACAACAAUCUCAAAUACCGUGAUGCUCAGGUUCUUAAGGUUUCAGCAGGUGUCUCGGGAGAAGGUAUUUAUGGUUUGAUAGGUAAAGAUAUAACUGAAGAUAUGAAAGAGAAGAAGGAAGUGCGGUUUGGAACGCGUUUUUAUAUCACUGAUUGCAGGGAAAAUACAACUGGUACUAUGAGAUAUGCAUGUGAUGAAGUCACGUUGCGAUUCGAACCUGAUUCCGGGAUGAAGGCGGCUUUUUUUGGGAAUAACCCUAGCUGCGUCUUAUUGACCUAACUCCACCUCAUCACCAGUUCAAUGUUUUUUUCGUGUCUUGUGUUCUUCAUCAGAUGAUUGUUACGUUGGAAAAUAUUAGGGUUUUACUUAGGUUUUCUCUGGAAAUAACAAUAUUUUUAAUUAAAUGAUAUUAAAAAUCUUAUAAGGGAAUCGAUAUUCAGCUACAAUCAUUAUCAAGAAAUAAAAAUAAUAAUGAAACUCAAAACAAUAAUUAUCUAAAGAAAGAAACACAACAUUAA